CGGACGCCAUUAAGCUGGGACUCAGAAUAAUGAAUGCUUCCUGAAAGACGGAAGUAUUUUAGGUAAGAUCUAGGGGCAGAUGUCUUCAGAGAGGACAUCAUUCUAGGGCGAGUCAGUCAGAAAGAUCUAAUUCAAGGUUAUUUAACCAAAUCAUCUGGGUCGACCGUAUACAGAGGUGAAGAAACUGCACCACAUGAAUUUGGUCUGAACAAUGGAGACAGCGCUAGCAAAAACGCCACAGAAAAGGCAAGUUCUCUUUCUUGCUAUAUUGAUGCUUUUGUGGGAGGCUGGCUCUGACUCAAUUAGGUAUUCCAUUCCAGAAGAAACAGAAAGUGGCUCCUUUGUGGCCAACCUGGCAAAGGACCUGGGGCUCAGGGUGGGGGAACUAGCUACUCGAGGCGCGCGAAUCCAUUACAAAGGAAACAAACAGCUCUUGGAACUGGAUGUAGAAACCGGGAAUUUGCUGCUAUAUGAAAAACUAGACCGGGAGGUGCUGUGCGGAGUGACAGAUCCCUGUAUACUGUACUUCCAGUUAUUACUGGAAAACCCGGUGCAGUUUUUUCAGGCUGAUCUGCAGCUCACAGAUAUAAAUGACCAUUCCCCAGAGUUCCUAGACAAGGAAAUGCUCCUCAAAAUCCCAGAAAGCGUUCAGCCUGGGACUUUAUUUCCUUUGAAAAUAGCUCAGGACUUUGACAUAGGUAGCAACACUGUUCAGAACUACACAAUCAGCCCCAACUCCCAUUUUCAUGUUGUCACUCAUAAUCGCGGAGAUGGCAGAAAAUACCCAGAGCUCAUGCUGGACAAAUCGCUGGACCGGGAGGAGCAGUCUGAACUCAGUUUAACCCUUACGGCGCUGGAUGGUGGGGAUCCACCUAGGUCCGGGACCACUGCAGUCCGUAUUGAAGUCGUGGACAUCAAUGAUAAUGCCCCUGCGUUUUUACAGUCGCUCUAUGAGGUACAGGUCCCGGAGAACAGCCCCCCAAACUCCUUAGUUGUCGUUGUCUCUGCCCAAGAUUUAGAUGCAGGAACAUAUGGGAAUGUACGCUACACUCUAUUCCAAGGCAAUCAAGUUAUUCAACCAUUUGUAGUAGACGAAAUAACAGGAGAAAUUCAUCUGAAAAAGGCAUUGGAUUUCGAGGCAACUCGAUACUAUAACGUGGAAAUUGCAGGCACAGACGGUGGGGGCCUUUCAGGAAAAUGCACUGUAGCUAUAGAAGUUGUGGAUGUGAAUGACAACGCCCCCGAACUGACCAUGUCAACGCUCACAAGCACAACUCCAGAAAACUCCCCAGAGACUGUAGUUGCUGUUUUCAGUGUUUCUGAUCCAGACUCCGGGGACAACGGUAGGAUGGUUUGCUCCAUCCAGAACGAUCUUCCUUUUCUCUUGAAACCCACAUUCAAGAACUUUUACACCCUAGUUACAGAAAAGCCACUGGACAGAGAAAGCCAAGCUGAGUACAACAUCACCAUCACCGUCACCGACUUGGGGACCCCCAGGCUGAAAACGCAGCACAACAUAACCGUGACGGUCUCCGACGUCAACGACAACGCCCCCGCCUUCAGCCAAACCACCUACACCCUGCGCGUCCGCGAGAACAACAGCCCCGCCCUGCACAUCGGCAGCGUGAGCGCCACGGACAGGGACUCGGGCGCCAACGCCCAGGUCACCUACUCGCUGCUGCCGCCCGCGGACCCGCAGCUGCCCCUGGCCUCCCUGGUGUCCAUCAACGCGGACAACGGGCAGCUGUUCGCGCUCAGGUCCCUGGAUUACGAGGCGCUGCGGGCGUUCGAGUUCGGCGUGCGCGCGGCCGACCGCGGCUCGCCCGCGCUCAGCAGCCAGGCGCGGGUGCGCGUGCUGGUGCUGGACGACAACGACAACGCGCCCUUCGUGCUGUACCCGCCGCAGAACGGCUCUGCGCCCUGCACCGAGCUGGUGCCCAGGGCGGCCGAGGCGGGCUACCUGGUGACCAAGGUGGUGGCGGUGGACGGCGACUCGGGCCAGAACGCCUGGCUGUCGUACCAGCUGCUCAAGGCCACGGAGCCCGGGCUGUUCGGCGUGUGGGCGCACAACGGCGAGGUGCGCACGGCGCGGCUGCUGAGCGAGCGCGACGCCGUCAAGCACAGGCUGGUGGUGCUGGUCAAGGACAAUGGCGAGCCGCCGCGCUCGGCCAGCGUCACGCUGCACGUGCUGCUGGUGGACGGCUUCUCGCAGCCCUACCUGCCGCUCCCGGAGGUGGCGGCGGCCGAGGCGCGGGCAGACCCGCUCACCGUCUACUUGGUCGUCGCCUUGGCGUCCGUGUCGUCGCUCUUCCUGUUCUCGGUGCUGGUGUUCGUGGCGGUGCGGCUGUGCAGGCGGAGCCGGGCGGCGUCUGCGGGUCGCUGCUCGGGGCCCGAGGGCCACUUUCCGGGCCACCUGGUGGACGUCAGCGGCACGGGGACGCUGUCCCAGAGCUACCAGUACGAGGGCAUUGGAAAGGAAAUGGAGGAAAACGCCACCUUCCGGAAUAGCUUUGGAUUCAAUUAGGGAUCUGAUCACAAUGCCGUGAGUUUUGUCAUUUAUCUCUAAUUUCCCCAAAUACCAAGUUUGAGAGCGUCAUGGAGAAAAAUCCCACCUUCAGGUAUGAUUUCCCUGAAUUUAUCCUUUUCAACUUUAUCUUGCCCAAUUUUGGGAAAACUGAAUUCUCUGUCACUGCAUCUAUGUAUACACAGUGCCAUCCCAAAUCUAUGCAUGCUGUUGACUUUCCUAAAAUGUUUGCUUUUGAUGGUAUUUGUCAGGAUAAGCUGUCUUAAUGAAAUCAAAUACUGUUUUUCUCUGUAUUCUGUCCAUUCUGUUUCAUCACACUGUUUUUGAUGCUAA